AUGGAAGACGACUUCGGUGACCUGUCCGCUGAGGAAACGCCAGCUCCCCCAAAGCUCGCCCCAAAAGUCAAAAAGUCGCUUUUCAGCAAAAAGAUUACGGCAAAGAUUCCUGACAAUAAAGAGCCUGUCGACCUCUUCAGUCGCGCAAAGGAUGUAUACCAUCUCCAGCAGGCAGAGGAGGAGCGCAGACGACAGAGGAAGUUGGCUAGGCUUGAACGAAAGAGGUCUUCUAUGAGUGCAGAUGUGACAGAGCGAAGUCUGAUGGAGGAGAAGAGGAGGCGGGUGUCUGAGCAGAAUGAUGCGCACACGCCAAACGACGACGCUGUCAAUGAUGUUGCUGAGACGAGUGAAAUUCGCAGAGACUCUGCGUAUUCUUCAAUGGGUAAGGAAAGAUACAGAGUUCGAGGCUCUCCAACCACACUCUCAGCGAAAUACACGAAAGAGCUAAGUGCACGCAAAUCCGAGUCUCCGAAACCACAAAAGGACAUAGCGAAAGGGUAUAUAUCUUUGAGUGAUAGCGAUGGCGACGGUGCUGGUGACACCGAAAAUGAGAGUGUGAAUGGUACCUGUAGGUUUCCUGAUAUGAAAGCGAACCAUCCGAUAUCUCUGGAUGACGAUGACGAGGAUUUUGGGAUUGCUCCACGAGUGGUACCGCCCUCGCGUCCGCCUCCACCUGCUGAAGACGAUGCAAGUAUGUCAGAAGAGGAAUUUCCAGAACUAGUUGCAGCCGCAAAGGAACGACAAAGGCUACAGGCAGCAUUGAAGGCAAAAGCGGAAGCCGCUGCUGCAAGCAAAAUUCAUGGCGAUAUGGAGGGUGAUGACAUUUUUGAUACAGAAAAUACAUCUAAUGAUUUGGAACCAGUCAUCGAAAUACUCAUUACGUCCAGGAUUCGUGGCUCAAAGCCUGUUGGUGUUAAGAGAAAGCUAUAUGGAAAAUUAAGGGAGGUACGAUGGGCGUGGUGCGACAAGCAAGUAUUUGAUGGACAGAAAAUGUCACCAGAGAUGAAAGAAUCCAUCUUCCUUACUUGGAAAGGCAAUAAGCUGUAUGACUUUUCAAAUUGCAGUGGCUGCGUGGAAGGAGGAGGGAAAUUGUCGGUGGACAGUCUCGGCGACGGCAAGGUGCACUUAGAAGCCUGGACGGAAGAGACUUUCGCAGCCUGGAAGAAGGGCCACGAAGCGAAACAGAGAGGAGAGCGGGAGAACAGUGAAGAUGAACCAGUUCCGGAACCGGCAUCGGUGCAGAGAACGAGACUGAUUAUGAAAUCUCGAGAAUAUACGGACUACAAGCUCAUGGUCAAACCUCACACGACAGUCCAGAAAAUUAUGGAUGCGUUUCGGAGAGAGAAGGAUAUUGUAGACGAAAAGGAGAUCACACUUCAUUUCGAUGGAGAUAAGCUCGAACCUGACGACAAGGUCGAGGACACGGAGCUUGGGGAUAUGGACUCGGUAGAGGUUCAUAUUCAGUGA